CGCGCUUUUCUGAAGAACGAUAUCAAAGGAAGUCAAUCUCCUGACUUCCACCGCCCGUGCUUCUACGAAAACUGUUGAGAACCGAACGACACUAACUUGCUACGAAACGCAAUGUGACGAUCACGCGCCAUGACGUCAUUGUAUGGUGGCUGUUCGAACAAUCAGUGAUAUAAAGUGCGUGCGGCCGAAAAACGCGUCCAAUCGUCUAGUAACCUUACAGCUCACAGAAGGCGGAGUAGAGCGAAAUACGGUUUCCAGUAAACGUUAGAGAAAGGCUAGUAUGGUUAGUGCGUCCUUUUAUCUACUUCCACCUAACCGUGUUCGGCAUAUGUGAAAUUAAACGAGAGAAUAAAGAACAAUUGUGUAACAGCGCCAGUAUGAGAGACAACGGUAGUAACAUUUGUACAGGAAAAGUUCGAUGCUUCUGUGCAGAAAGAUCGCCCUUCUACUGGAGAAAACUAAACGCAAAAUCCGCAACGAAAAUGCUGAUAAAUAGACCAAUUGGUUCUUAUUUGUUAAGGCCAUCAGAGCACCCACUGUACGACUAUUCGAUUACCCAGAAAAUCCCUGUCAUGGGAGUGACGCAUAUACGAGUGGGGAGGGACAGUACUGGCACCUACUUCCUGGACAACGAUGAUUCGUUCUCGGAAGCGGUUAUAAAGGGCUUUACUUGCGUCGUCAGCAUGCUUGACUGCUGGAGUCGAGUUUAUAGGGAAAGGGGGACUGAGCUGUCUACCAUCGCCUGUACGUCAAACGUGACGCUAGAAAGGAGUCGUUUGUUACGUCAACGACGACUCGAGCAGUGUCUGUUUCCAUGACGACACAGAAGCGGAAGAAUCUGUGAGAAACUUCGUAACUUCAUUCAUAAAAAAAGGUUUACACAAUCAAACCAAUGCAAGCAACAGUGCAUUGGACAAAUCCAAAGAGCGGACUUUUAUUGAAACGAAGUCAUAAAUUCUGGACGCAUUGCGAAUGUUUUUGUCAACUACCGUUCUUUGUAUGUUUUGCGGAAACAAUCGUAACAACGUUUGCGUUCUAACCAGUUAAACCCUAGUUGUUUUGCAUUACCGAUCUAUAUACAAAAUUAACUUAUGUUACGUUCGUUGUUUUGCGUGCAUGUCCGAUUUGUAUCUAUUUGCUUUCGUUCUUCAAUUUUUACAUUUGCCGUUUGUUUUGCGCAGAUUAAAUUAUGCAUGUGUAUUGAG